CCUUGAAAUCAACAGUGAAUCGUGGAGCAGCAUUCCCAUGAGCAGACUCUAUGAUCCUUAUCUCCCUCCAUUGACCCCGUUCUGAAAUCUCUCGGUCUCGGGUGAGUUGCCGGGACAUGCGCUGGAGAAAGGAUCGCUCCUCCCCCUCGCAAGUCGACACACCGAAGCAGGAGGCGGCCUUCGAGCUUCUGAACUCUAAACAGCUCCCAUUUUGAUGCGCGAUUUGUUCAUCUCCCCUAUUCACUCCAUGAGAAUUUGGUGCUCAGUCGUCUCCAGUGAGUUCGAUGCCUACUGAAUUGUGCGCAUGGAAAGUACAUUAACUUGUAGGCAUCUGUUUCUCUCUGGUUUCCAUUUUGCAUUGUGUUACUCUCUCUCCAGUUUCCAACCAACGAUCUCCAUUAUAUAUCCUGAUUGUUUUAUUUUUCCUCUCAAUGCUAACUGCUAAUCUUCUUAUUAAUUUCAUACGCAUCUCCAGGUUGCAGACUCCAGAUUGCAUACUGUAACUUGUGAAAUACCAUAUCACAAAUUCACCAGCACAGAACGUUGACAGUCAAAUGAAAAUACUGACCGUGGUUCAUUGUUCUGUGUUAGGUGACACAUGCUGAAUUUCCUACGCAUUAUCUCUGUUGAACACUUGUCAACUGUCAUCGCAAGUGGGACUUCUCAAAGUUUUGUUCUUCCUUACCUAAAUGAAAAAAAAGGAACAAAUUAUUAUGACAAGUAGGUUGUUAAGAAAGCAUAAUUUCGGCUCAGGUAACCCAAUCCAAGCUGUUGCUUGCAAUGACGACGCAACAUCAAAGGUCAGAGAAGACUUUGGAGAUAAGGAUGGGAUCGAUCUGUUAGCCAGCAGUCAUGUGUCCUGGUGAUCCUGCUCCUGCCGUGGCAAUAUAAGUGAAGAUAUGGAACACCACUAGAUUGAGAAUCUAAGGUAGGCUACACAGCAACAUUUCAUCACUGCAUCAAUGGCAUCAACUGCGACCAGCAGCAGUGACAAGGAGCAGGCCCUCCCUACCAUCGACGCUGACCAAGCGCACGCUCUCUUGAGCUCUGGCCAUGGCUAUGUUGAUGUCAGAAUGCAGGAGGACUUUGACAAGGGCCACUCACCCGGUGCUCGCAAUGUUCCAUACUACCUGUCGGUCACGCCACAAGGGAAGGAGAAGAAUCCUCGCUUUGUAGAGGAAGUGGCUGCACUCUUUGGGAAGGACGAUGUCUUCAUUGUGGGAUGCAACACGGGGAACAGAUCCAGGUUUGCAACUGCAGAUCUUCUAAAUGCGGGGUUCAAGAACGCGAGGAACCUGCAAGGUGGCUAUCGCUCCUUUCUCCAGAGUGCAAAUCAGCAGCCAGCUCAAGAGCCGUAGGCAUCACCAGUUAAUGCCAGUUCGUGCAUGCCUGUAUUGUUCAUUAUUUGGAUGGCCAUUUCGAAAAGUUUCAGUGUGAGAUCCUGGUGAAAUUCCUGCAUCCACAGGCUGUUGAACUUUGUGAUGUAAUAAACAUUCAUGAAAUAGUACUCCAAAAAGAAAUGUUGAGGCCAGAAGUGAUGCUUGCUAUAUCAAUUUGCGAAUAUACAUUCUACUGUGGAGCAUGUCUUAGUAUAGCAUUACAAGUAAUUGAAGUGUCGUAAUGACCUUUACAACAAGA